AUGGGAGAGCUCAUGACCAUAAUCGAGAACGAUUGCGUUCAUGAAGAAGCCAUAGCCGAGCGAUACACACCAAAGGCUCCAGAACCCGCCAAAACAACUGGGCCGAAGAAACAAGUAACAAACGUUCACCAGGGGCAAGAAGAGCUAGCAGCGGCUAGGCAUCUAAAUCAGUGGAUUGACGUUCGGCGGAAUCCACUUCCACCACAUCCCCCUGUUAUCGGCAACCUUAUAAGCGUUAUACAAGGGUUGGUUUCCGAAGGAAGGGCUACCGAGCUUCGUUCGGAAAUUGAUAGAGCCGUAGCCUCUUUAUCUGUUUGCAACGUUGGCGCUUCGGGAAAGCGAAAAUGGGAGGAUCCGAGCUUCGGCAGUACUAUUACUUUCUCAUCCGACGACUUGAAAGGUGUGCAACUCCCUCAUACGGACGCCCUCGUUGUCACUGUUGCUAUUGAAAAAUCAACUGUUCAACGGGUAUUAAUAGACCAAGGAAGCUUGGCAGACGUGAUGUUUUAUUCGACAUUCCAGAGCCUCGGAUUAUCACCCGCUCACCUUCGGACAGCGUCAACUCCACUCGUCAGUUUUACUGGAGCCCCUGUUUGGCCGCUCGGCUUGAUCACUCUCCCCGUGUGA